AUGGCCGAUCAAGAUCCUCAAUCCCAAAACCCGGAGUCCGCAUCUACUCCUACCAAACAAAAGCGUUCCCCUCCUAAGCUAGGCAAAAAGUCUCCACCCAAGCAAGAACAAACCCCGCCUGCAUCAGAGCAAGAGCAAGAACAAGAACAAGAGAAAGACUCCAAGGAAGAAAGCACCGAGAACCAGGAAGAGCAGAAAGAAGACCCUGCACCUGAAUCUGAGCCUCACAAGCAAGAGCCCGAUUCAGAAGAAGAGGACGAUCAGCAAGAAGAAAAAUCUGCACCUGAACCUGAACCCGAAGCCGCCCCAGAACCUCAGCCAGAGCGUCGUCGACGUCGCCCUACACGCAAACAAGAAUCCGACGUCGAAUCCGUCCCACGUAACGAUAUGGACGCCCAACCGCAGCAGCGCCAGCGCACUCGUCGCACACGCCAGCCCCGCCAACAGCAACAAGAUGGCGGCCCACUCGGCGGCCUCCCCGGCGUAGGAGGUGUCGACCAAGCUGGCCAGCUAGUCCAGAAUACGGCAGGGAAUGCCCUGAAUGGCGUGACAGGGUCCGCAGGCAAGGCAGUUGGUGGAAUCCUUGGCGGAGGCCAGAAAGAAGAGAAAUCAGAUGGCAAGGAUGAGCAGCUGCGUCUGCGAUUGGAUCUUAAUCUGGAUAUUGAGAUCCAGCUCAAGGCAAAGAUUCACGGUGACUUAACCAUCGGAUUGUUCUCCUAG